AUGUCCACGGCGCAAGCGCAAUGGCCUGGCGCGAACACCCCCGGCGCCGUUCACACCCCCGAUAGCGACACUCCUCCCCACGCGAACCAGCACCACGGACCUGGUGGAGAUGGAAAGGACGCCAUUCGCGAAGGCAAGCAGAAAGCCAAGGACCACAUGGCCCUCGCCGGACUCAGUGCGAGCGCGMGCGCAUCACCUGCGCCGACAUCUAUGCCCCAGACCAGCACACCCAAUGGAGUGACCCAAAGCAAUGGCGCGCCUGCGCUGAGUCGCAAGCGAUCACGGGAUGGGACCGUCAAGCCGUCCAGCAACGAUGGAGCACCGGAACCACUGUUGGCGCAUAACGAGACCCUCAUGGACCGCUACAUCCAGCGCGACCUUCUUUAUGGCGCAGCGAUGAACGACCAGGCGGAACGAUCGCGCGACCUGAUCAAAGGAAAGGAAAGGGAAAAGGAGUUCUACAUGCACGAUGUCGCGUUGCGCCGGAGACAKGACCCAGGAUCUGUCUAUGGCCGUGGCUUCGCGGGUUUCGGCAAUGGCACAACCAAUGCCAAAAGCCAGAUUGUAUACAGCGCCAGUCGCCCGCCACCAAAGGGUAGACGCUCGAAGCACUUGUACGUGAAUCGGAAGGAUACCUCACAACAGGCAGAGCUACACGAAGAGCUCGUGCCCGUGCGGCUGGACCUCGAAUUGGACAAGCUGAGGUUGCGUGAUACAUUUACAUGGAACUUGCACGAGAAGAAUAUUUCCUCGGACCUCUUUCUGGAUCACCUGGUCGAAGAUCUCAGAAUCCCACCGGAAGCCGUACCGGAGGUCUCGCGCCAGGUGAGGGCAGAAUUCCAGGACCAGGUCAAUAAUUAUUAUCCGCAUAUCAUUGUCGAAGACGGUCCAUUGGAGCCGGGCCGGCCGUAUUCUGAUCACAAGGACGACGAGAUGCGAAUCCAAAUCAAAUUGAACAUUACCAUCGGGCGAAUAACUCUAGUGGAUCAAUUUGAAUGGGAUAUUAAUAAUCCUUUGAACUCUCCUGAAGAGUUUGCACGAAACAUGGCUUGGGAGWAUGCUCUCAGCGGGGAGUUUACCACUGCCAUUGCACAUUCGAUCAGGGAGCAAAGUCAGCUGUACACCAGAAGCCUAUACUUGACAAACCACUGCUUCAAUGGAAGGCCUGCCGAAGACCCAGAGCUCAGAGACAGCUUCUUGACAGCGCCUAUACCGAGCGCGUUUCGACCGCCAGCGGCACAAAAAGACUUCACACCAUACAUGUAYGAAAUGAGUGAAGCCGAACUCGAACGGACAGAGACAUCAAUGAUGCGCGAACACAGAGCGCAGAAAAGACAGCUGAACAGGCGGGGUGGUCCCGCGCUUCCUGACCUCAAAGAUAGACAGCGAACGGUGCGGUCACUGAUCAUCCACUCCGUCAUUCCUGGGGCUGUUGAGACUUUCGAAACUACCGGGAUCCCCAAGGCACGUCGUAGCGGUCGGAGUGGACGCCGGAGUGGAGCACGCACCGACGUUGAUGCGGACUCGGACGAGAUGGACAGCGAAGACUCCGGUCCCGACUCUCCGGACCCCAUUGCCAUGCUCAAUGCAGGUGGUACUGCAAGAACACGUGGAAUGCGUGGUGCUGCGGCUCAGGCUCAGGUCAACAUGCGAGCAGGUUACGGACGCUCCGCCACUCCUGAUCAAAUGUUAGCCACUCCAGCACGGGACACUCAAACUAGAACUUCCACGCGGCACAGCAUGCUACGCGAAGAAAGUGUGGCUGGUGACACUGACACGCUCAUCGUCAAGCUGAGGAUUGGGAAGGCUCGCCUCAAGGCCUGGGACGACAGAAUACGCGCACAGAAGCGCGCGAAGGACUAUCCGCUCUCCGGAUACGCCUCGCAACCUCCUCCAUUAGUCAGUCAACUUGCAGCACAAGCUGCUACGCCUGCCCGUGGGUCUACGAGCACGCCUAAGAUGGCUCCUCGAUCGCUACCACAACAGAAGAGUACCCCCCAACCAAACGGAAACAACUCUCGGGCGCAAUCCUCAUCUCGGCAGCAGCAAUCGCAAGUGCAUUAUGAUCCGCGCGGUGCUGUCGAGUUGGAAGUCUGGCCGGCGCCCGAAGACUCUGCUCCUCCUCCGCCAUCGUGGCUUGAAAGUGCCAUUCAAACCCUGAGGAACUCUCACCCAGAUGACAACUUCCAGCCCUUUAUGAAGCCCUAUUGCGAGAGCAUGGAGACAGGUGACUUGSUGGCAGCCAACAAAGUCAAUCUUCAGCCAGGAGAUGCACCUGCAAAGGGCUGGAAAAUAGUUUAUUUGCCUCGCAUUAGAUGUCUCGAUUGUCCCAGGAAGCUGUACACUGCUGUCAAAGGCCGGGUGGUGGAUGACUUUGAGGUCCACUUAAAGAACAAAAUGCACAAGGAGCAGGUCCUAAACAGAGGGGUGGACAGAGAGGGAAGCAGGCCACAGUAG